ACUAAAGAAGAACACCGAGAUGUGUUAGCUCGCGCUUUCUUGUUUAAAUUUUAGCUAAGUGAAUUUCAAGACGGACGCUACGUUGUCUUUUUUUUAUUAUUUGGCUUAUCGCGUAACUAAGGAACGUAUCUUGAGUGUAAAUAAUAGGAAACCACUUCCUGGGCAAUGCUACAAUGAGUACUGCAUAGAUUUUUCCUGAACUGAUUUUGACAGUUUUCAUUUUUGUCGAGGAACCCGUUCAUUAAGCAUUAUUUUUUUUUACUCGUUUCAUCUUCCACUAUUGAAUAGCGACAAUGUUCCAGAUUGUAAGAAAGUUUGUUUUCAGUGAUGUGUUCUGCGUGGGUGCAGACACCGAAAAGAGAUAUGAUGAUCUCUUUGCAAAACUGGAUACCAACAAAGAUGGGAAAGUGGACAUCCAUGAGCUGAGACAGGGCCUCAAAGCGAUGGGGUUGGGUCUUGGUGAAGGUGCUGCACUGAAAAUAGUUUCUGCUGGAGACAGUGAUGACGAUGGAGAGCUGGACAUUUCAGAAUUUUCACAAUAUCUCCGAGACCAUGAAAAAAAACUGAUGUUGACCUUCAAGAGCUUGGACAAAAAUAAUGAUGGUUGUAUUGAUGCUUCGGAGAUUAGGGAGUCGCUUUCCAAACUGGGGGUCAAAUUAAGUGAAGAGCAUGCGCAGAAGAUUCUUUCAAGUAUCGAUGCUGAUGGGACCAUGACAGUAGACUGGAAUGAGUGGCGUGCCCACUUUCUCUUGAACCCGGCCACCAACAUUGAAGAGAUCAUCCGCUUCUGGAAGAAGUCCUCUGUAUUGGAUAUCGGGGACAGUCUUUCGAUCCCUGAUGAAUUCACGGAGGAUGAGAAGAAGACAGGGAUGUGGUGGAAACAACUGAUGGCAGGAGCGAUGGCAGGAGCAGUCUCUCGAACGGGGACCGCUCCCCUUGAUCGAAUGAAAGUCUUCAUGCAGGUGCACUCUUCCAAGACCAACAAAAUAAGCAUUUCUAAUGGAUUCAAGCAAAUGAUAAAGGAAGGAGGGGUCCGGUCACUGUGGCGAGGAAAUGGAGUGAAUGUUCUUAAGAUCGCCCCUGAGACAGCAAUUAAAUUCUGGGCUUAUGAACAGUAUAAAAAGCUCAUUGCAUCAGAGGGAGGGACAGUUAAACCCCAUGAGAGGUUCAUUGCUGGAUCCCUUGCUGGGGCAACAGCACAAACUGUCAUCUACCCCAUGGAGGUCAUGAAGACCAGGCUGACCCUGGGAAAGACUGGGCAGUACUCCGGAAUGUUGAAUUGCGGGAAGAAGAUUCUGCAGAGAGAAGGCGUGAAAGCCUUCUACAAAGGCUACAUUCCCAACAUACUGGGAAUCAUCCCCUAUGCAGGCAUUGACCUAGCUGUCUACGAGAGCUUGAAGAAUUUCUGGCUGACACGUUAUGCCACGGACUCUCCAAACCCAGGGAUACUUGUUCUACUAGCCUGUGGCACCAUUUCCAGCACUUGUGGACAACUAGCUAGCUAUCCUCUUGCCCUGAUCAGGACUCGCAUGCAAGCACAAGCAUCUGUGGAAGGUUCCCCGCAGCUUUCUAUGGUCAACCUUACUAAAAGAAUUGUUUCCAGCGAUGGCUUUUUUGGACUGUACAGGGGUAUAGCCCCUAACUUCAUGAAGGUUAUUCCUGCUGUAAGCAUUAGUUAUGUGGUGUAUGAAUACUCGAAGACAGGUUUGGGGGUCUCUUCUAAAUAAACACAAGGUAUAUGGCUUAAGGUGUAUUAUCUGCUCCAAAUGCUCACCUUUUGGAGACAAAGGUGUGUGUUUUGUGUUUUUUUCUUUUUAUAAAUCUGACAAGGUUUAAGAUUGAGGUGUGUUUUAAAAUCUGAUUUCAUCAGUUCUUAUUGUAGUAUUAUUGUUUUUUAAUCCAUUCCCAAUAGAAGGCAUGCCCAUUAGUCAAGCAGUUCUACUUUCAUCCUAACCAUCUGGUGAUUGCCAGCAACAUGGAGUAAACCUUCAAUUCGAUUUUUUAAAUUUUUUUUUUAGCCUUCUUAAACACAGCCACUUCCUUUUUUUUUUUACAAGCUUCUUAAUUCAUGUCCUGUGCUUUUGUUUAUUCUUAACAGUAAAAUGGUGAUAACAAUAUGGAAGUUAUUGUAAGACUAAGCUUGAAGUUUUAACUCAAAAGGAUAAACUCUAGAAAUAUUCUGUAGGCUGUAUCUACUCUAUAUCUAGUACUAUCUGCAAACAUAAGAAUUUACUUUUGCAUGCCAUUGCCUUAGGACAAUGUUUUGACAUUCCCAAUAUCAAGUGAAACUCAGGAGAAUUGCCUGAUUUGACCUUUACAAAUAGUCAUGUGAGGAGCAGUCUAUUGUUCUUAAGUCUUAAAAAACAAAAUUAGUGUUUGAUGCAUGCAGGAAAUAUAGGAUUAGAUUAUUUUUAAGUUGUUUACUCACCAGAUACCUUAAUUGUGGGGCCUGACAAGCUACUAUUUUCCAAACACGUUUGGCAAAGAUUUACGAUUUUGAUACCAAACCUCUUAUUGCAUGUCUUAUUUCAAAUUGGUGCACAUAUAUAAUUAGUGUACAUUUUCUCAGGUGACGUCUGUGAGAAGAGCUAUACUUGUUUGUUUUUUAAUUCAGAGAAAUUUAUAAUGGGUAAUAGAAUGUAAUUGUUGCGCAACAUACAACUACUGCCAAACGUUUUGCAUCACCUCUAGAAUUAACAUUUGACAAAUUUGAAUUAAACCUGCUGAAUAAUAUUAUGUUAACAUAUUGAAUUACAUACCACUUUUGUAGUUUUCCAUUUCCUUAAU